AUGGUUCACACCUAUAAUUCCAGCCCUAGAAAAGUAGAUGCGGAUAUAACUCCAGAUCAGCUUCUACUACAUAUCAAGAUCACGGCCAGCCCAGGCUACCUGGUAUCAAAAGGCAAAACCCCAAAGAAUCCAUUGAGCACAUUCGAGAAGCAUCAGGCCCAGGUUUUCCACAGGACCAAGUGGCCAUACUAUGAUGACACAGUGCUUAGUGGACAGACCUUUCAUGUGGGGAUGUGGCAUAAAUCUUACAGGAGUGUUUUCAAGGAGAAGUUGAUUCAGUUGGAAGAGAGUGAAAGCCAGGUUGGCGCCCAGGAAACCCUUCCCAAACUCGAAGAUCUUCCAGCAAUGGAGCAAGGGGCUCUCAGAGGCUCAUCAGUGAGAGGCCCAGACCAGAACUUGCUCCCGGAGUUUGGUCACAACGUGCUUCUCAGCAACCAGUGGCCCUAUAACCGCAACAUCCCUGACGCCCAUGAUGCCUGUAUUGCCACGGUUGUGCGUCAACCGGCACAACUGGAUGAGAAUUUUAAGCUUUACAACCAGAACUAUCCAAUCCUACUGAAACUUCUUAUAAGGCACAUAAAGAGAAGAGGUCCUGCACAAGCCCGAAACACUGACCUGGAAGCUGUGGUAGCUGAUGUGGUUGCCAUCUUGGAUGCUCACGGUGAAGUGAACACUGGAUGGACUGAUCCCACUUUGGCUCUGAUUCAGGAGGAACACACCGUGGUCGUGUCUCUUGUGUUUGACAAUAUUAAUUUCAAUACAUUUGAACUGGAAAAGUAUGAACUGGCAGCAGAUGGGUUUGGCUGGAUGCUGUGUCCUAUCCCACAAGCCUGGAUUGAUCUGGGUGAUGUCACUGUUCCACUGAAGAGUCCUUCCAUCAUGGGCAUCUUGGGCGCCAACAGGAUCUUCUCGGCAGAGGUCAGGGCUCUGGAUGGUGGGAGGCUGCUCUGUGGAGGACAGAAUGUGGAACUUAGCCUAAGGUGUAACAACAUUGUCACAGUGUUGGACAGUAAAGCCAUGCCAGGAAGCUUGGAAGGUAGAGUGGGUUGA